AUGUUGAGCGCGAAGGGCGAGAUCUUCAUCGUUCCUCGAGUGCUGCUGUCAGAAGCGAAGCACUUUAUCGGUCUUAUUUGGCUGAUGCAAUAUGUGAAUCGGUGGUUCGUAGGCCUUAUAGUAGCCUUAGGCGAAAUAGCGCCUGAUACUACGAAGAUUCAAGGCGUUCUCCAGCAGACACAGGAUCGAUUCCAGCAUAUGUCUGAUCAGAUCAUCCGUCGCAUUGAUGACAUGACGAAGCGUAUCGAUGACUUGGAGAAGAAUAUCUCCGACGUUAUGGCUCAGAAUCAGAUAGAACAGCAGCAACCUUAAGUUAAUUGCUGUGAAGUCUAAAUAGUCCAAAAAAGGUGCAAUGCACUUCACUCGAGUAAUGAUUUCAGCAGCUGAUUACUCAACGUUACAGUACUCUCAGCCACAUGAACCUACGUGUUUUGGUUUUUUUUUGCCGAC